AGAGAAGUGAGAAUAUCCCUAUGAAUUUCAGAAGAUGAAUGUCCAAACAUAUUCCUACAGAUCUGCUAUGUUCUUUCAAUUGAUUCGCAAUUUCUAAUAAGAAAUUGCGAUUGCAUGCUUAAUCGCUUUUCCAUUCACAAUCACAGUUAGGAUAGGUUUCUACAUUUAUCCAUACUGUUGGUCUAUAGACUUAAGAAUAUUGAUUAUCAAGGUUAAAAACUCCGCUAUUUUGCACAUUACUGUUUAUUCUAAAUUGUUACUCCCAUAUUUUAAUUACUUCCUUUACAGGAAAAGAUAUAAAUGAUACCUACCACUUCUGCGGUUUUAGCUUUUUCCAAAUUUUAAUAUCCAUCAAGCUCAACUGCUCCAAAGCUUCUGUAAGCUUGGAUAAUAACAAAUUGGUAUCAAAUUUUUUAAGCAAGAGAAAUCAUACUUUAUGUUCAAAUCAAAUCCAACUACUGAU